UAAACAAGCAUCGCGAGUCGCUAUCGUCAUGAAUCGCUGGGAAAGAACGUUGUUUUUAGAAAUAAAAUGCUAAAAACUGGUGUAAUUAGUGAGAAAACUGGAUGAAAAAGAAUCGUAAGAGAUUGUUAGCAGCGCACAGUAGAUUUCUGCAAGUGCUUAUUUUACGUUCAGUACAACUUUAAUCAAUCAUGGUAGAUGUCAAAUAUAAUUCCAGGAGUGAACCAUUUCAUUACCGUCAUCAUAAGAACAAGGCGAAACGGCGUCGCUACAACCACCAUCCAUCACCAUCAAAAUUAUUUACCGACCAUGUGAAGUCAACUGCUUCUGACCAGUUUGAAAAGAGGUUCUCGUUCCCAGAGGAAAGCUCAUGGAUCUUGCCAGAACCCUCAACAAUGUUUGUUGAGGGUCAGGCUCAGGAUAUAAAGAGUGAUUUACAUCAGAUGAAAAUUGAACUCAAUGAUGUAAAGAAUUCUCUCAGUGAUAAAGAAAUUCGGCAAUGGCACUCACAUACCACGUCCUUGCACUGUGGCGGCAAAACGAUUCAGCACCUACGAUGGCAUUACUGUGUAGAACUCUGCACCCAGGCCUGGUGCAAGUUCCAUGAGAUCUUGACGUUCUACCCGAUAAUCCCAACCACAGCUCAAACUUCAGGAACACUCAACUCUGUCCAUCUCUGCGAAGCACCCGGCGCCUUCAUCACAAGCCUCAAUCAUUUUUGUAAAAGUCGUGCGGACUAUACGUAUCUACAGUGGAGGUGGAUUGGCGCGACUUUAAAUCCGUACUAUGAGGGUAACAGUCUGAAUAACAUGAUAGCCGAUGAUCGGUUUAUACAGGAAACGAGGCCAAACUGGUUCUUCGGUGUGGAUGAUAGUGGAGAUUUGAUGAGUCGGGAGAAUUUGGAGGGUUUACAUACUCAUGCCCAGUUAAAAGGAAUGGAAGAAAUACAUUUGGUGACAGCUGAUGGUAGCAUCAAUUGUCAGAAUGAUCCUGGUGAACAAGAAACGUUUGUUUCCCAGCUCCAUUACUGUGAGAUGAUUACUGCCCUCUAUCUUCUUGCUGAGGGUGGUUCGUUUGUGAUCAAGAUGUUCACCAUGUUUGAGAUAUCUACAGCUAACAUGAUGUUCUUAUUGAACUGCAGCUUUGAGGAGGUGCAUGUGUUCAAACCAUCAACAAGCAAAGCUGGAAAUUCAGAGGUGUAUGUGAUCUGUUUAAAUUACAAGGGAAGAAAUAGGCUGGACCAAUACUUCCCUGUACUCUUACAAGCAUUCGGUCCUACCCCUGCAGACAGUCCAAUGUUUCCAUCUUUACCACCUUCAUUUCUCAGCAAACUAACAGAGUGUUGUAACUUCUUUAAAUCUCGCCAAAUGGAGGCAAUUCAAAACAACCUACGUUUGUUCAACAACAUGACGGAAGAGGAUUGCCAGCAUGCGGAGGAUAUAAGAGAUUGCUGCACCGAGAUGUUUGUCGAGAAAUGUCGGAUACAGAUUAUCCAAAGAAAACACAAAAUGUUGAAAAAUAAUAUAUCGAACUCGGGUUUCAAACCAGGUAUGUACUGUAAGACACUGGAGCAGCGACUCCAUGGAACAUUCAAUGAGCGUGUGCAGAAGCAGCAGUUGUCAUGGCACCAGAGAAUUCUGGGAAUGAAACAGGAGAUUUCUGCAUUAGAAGAAAAGCUUUUGUAUGAGCCCACAGUUUCAGUACUUGAGAAUACUAGUAAAUUAAGUGAGAAGGAUGUUGAUGGUUGGAAGCCAACACUUGGAAAAAAGGUCCAACAGCUUUUAAACUCUCCAUUUUGUUCAUGUCUUGUGGUAGGACACUGGAUAGAGGCACAUGCCAAUUCCAAGGUAACAGAGCCAGGAACUUCUGAAGAUCUUGUAGUUACACCAGAGAUUGAGUCUCACAUAAAGUCAUCGUUGAAAAGUCUUCCAUGGAUUUCCAAAGAUUCACCAUUGAAAUACAAGUUAUUAUCAGCUGCUUCAGAAAUGAGGCCUAUCGUGAACAUAUUGAAGGACAAUGGCUGUAUCUUGGUUUCAGAUUCUGAAGUUAAAGAGAUGGAGGAUGAAGAGGAGAGGGCUGAGGAUGAUGAUGGUAACAAUGAUUUGAAGCAACCACAAGAAGAUUAUCAACCCAGGGUCCAUGUAGUGUGCAGUUUUGCUGGCCUCCAGUCCCAAAACACUUAUGAAUCAACCAAGGGUGAACUGCUUAGCAGUAUCCUGACAGCACUUAAGUCUCUCAGCAUUGGUGGCUGUGUCAUUCUGCAAGUUCACAAUCUCCUCACCAGGUUCAAUGCUGGGUUGUUGUAUAUUUUGUAUAAAGCUUUUAGAACUGUUUAUUUAUGUGAUUUGUCCACAAAAUCUGGACUCAACUCUACCUGCUUGCUGAUUUGUCAAUCAUACAAUGGUUGCCAUGGAAAUCUUAUCACCUAUCUUGAAAAUAUUCUUGAAAAUAUUCAUGAAACCAUGUUAUCGGCCAUUGAGCCAGACCAAGCCGUACUUCAAAUUCUACCAAUGUCAAGACUUUAUGAAUGUGAAUUUGAGAAAGUGCUGACGCAUUUUAACGAAACCAGUUUGACGAGGCAGGUGGUUGCUAUUGUCAACUGUGAAAUGACCGAUGAUGCAGAUGAUUCCAGGUUUAGUUCAAGAUGAGCUGUUAAUCACAUUUAAAUUUGCAUAACUUUUUCUAGACGUUUUAAAAAUAAUGGCUUUGUAAUCAACAAGAAAUAUAAUUUGAAUAUGAAAAUAAUUGAGUUUUGUAAUCAAAGAUGCAAGUAAUGUUUUAUAUAUUUGAUCAACGAGUUGCAAUGUUGUGGAAUUCUAAAGCAUGCAUAGGAAACAUGUUUUUGUGUCUAUACAGAUACAUUUAGCCUGAAGGUGGGUUAGGCUUAUCUAGGCCAUACACAUACUAUUCAUAGAAAGGUGGGUACAUAUUUGUUCAGGCUUCCUUCAGGUGUGGCCUACUACUAGGGGCUAUAGUAGCACUAUUGUGAGGAGAAACAAACACAACUGAUUUGACAAACUCAAGGAAGGGGUCUUCUUUAAUUACAAAGCAGUGCGUUUUAUUUCCUCCAUUUUAAAAGGGAUUUUUUUUAUAAUUAAUGUUUUUAAAUUAAUGGCAUGAGCUCUGAAGAAAGUGAUAGAAGCUAUUGUUGUUUCAAAGUGAUACAAGACAUUGUCAAUUCAACAAUGUCUUUUAUCACUUUUUACAAAGUUUGUUUCAUACUAUGUCAAGCAAAUCAGUGAACCCCUUGGAUUUGAAGUAUAGUUGCUAUAACAUUUGUAUUUUAUAACUGUGUUAUUAGAUAUCCCUAUUGUAUAACAUUGUAUUUUAUAUGUUUGUGAUGUGUUAGGGCACAAACUAAAGGUGGAACACCUCAUCAUGGUUUGCAGAAGAUCGUUUUAUAGUGAAGUAGUCAGGACUAUUGAUUAUUGGUUUUUGAAACAUGUGGGAUUUCUGAUGCAUUAUCUGUGAAAAGAAACUAUGUAAAACUACAUGUAUCUACAUCAUUUCAUAUAAAUGAGAAAAGCUAUGAAAAUACUGUAAAUCUCAAGAAGAAGCCCAUCUUUAAUUUGAAGGCCCCUCUUUAGUUCGUAAAAGUAGCCUCGAAAAGAGCCCAUGGGCUUCUUCUCAAGAUAGUAUGGGCCUCUUUUUAAGAUAGUACAGUAAUUACACUGUACAUGAAUUUCAAAGAAACAAAAUAAAUUAAUCUGCUUGCUUUCGCAGUAGUUUAGGUAAUACACUCCAUGAUACAGAGUGAUGUUACAGUGGCCCUAUUUAUUUUUGAUAGUAGUAAUUAACAAAAUAACAAAAUUUACAGCAUUUAUUUUAAAACGAAGCCCCCCCCCCCCUCUCUUUACUUUGCAAAAGUAGCCUCGAAAAGAAGCCCAUCAAAAUUUUUUGGGGAAAAAAACAAAACAAAAGAAGCCUAGGGCUUCUAUUUGAGAUUUUACGGUAAUGUUAUAACCUUUCAUUUUGUUAUUUUUAAUGCGCUUAACAGAAUAGAACAAACCGU